UUUAAUAACUGUAUUUCGGUGUAAUCGAGUUUCCGAGAACCUCGUGUGAUUUGACCGCUCCGCGCUGCCGUCGCUCCACAACAACACGGCAGCGCGCCGUCAGAGGAUUUGGGUUAGCCCGCUGAUACAGACAGACAGACAGACAGACAAACAGACCGACAGGCCCCCCCCCUGGACCCCACGAAACACCCGGUCAUGGACCCCUAGCAUCCCGGCUCACUGACCAUCAUCAGCUCAUUCCCGCCGGGGGUGAACAUCAGCAUUGUCAUGGUGACGGCGCUAUCCCACUGAUGGAGUCAGUGAAGAACAGCGGUGAGCAGGAGGCUGGCCCUGGGGAGCGGGGGCUGGCCCACCUCUGGAGGGGCUACGCCUGCAGCCUGGCCCCAGAGAGGCUGCUCCUCUCCCGGCCCGUGGUCCAGGCGAGCCUGGGGACCCGGCACGGCCUCCUGCUGGUGGAAGGCGGUCAGGUAUACAGCUUCGGUGUGUCUCCAUGGAAACAGCCCCCCUCCCCCGGGCCCCGCCCCCCGGCCCUGGAGCCCUCCCUCAGCGGGCGGCGGGUGGUCUCCGUGGCGACGGGCUCCUCCCACUGCGGCGCCGUGACGGAGGACGGCGGCGUCCACAUGUGGGGCGCCAACGGGGCGGGGCAGUGCGGGCUGGCAGGCCCCGCCUCCAUCCCCAACCCCACCCCCGUGGCCCUGCUGCUCCCGGGCGGCCCCGCCCACAGCGCGCCCGUCCUGGAGCUGGCCCUGGGCCACGUCCACUCCCUCGCCCUCUCCGCCCAGCGCGAGGUCUGGGCCUGGGGGCGCGGGCCCCAGCUGGGGCUGCUGGGCUCCACCCCCUCUUCCGGUGGCUCCGCCUCCUCCUCCGGGGGCUCCGCCUCCCCCUCCGGUGGCCCCGCCCCCUCCUGGCGGCCGCGGCGGGUGGAGCACCUGGCCGGGCGCCACGUGCUGCAGGUGGCGUGUGGCUCCACCCACAGCCUGGCGCUGGUGCGCUGCCAGGGGCCGCGGGGGGGCGGGCGGGGCCCCGGGGCCCCCCUGGAUGCGUGCGGCCGCUGCCACCAGCUGCUCUACACCAUGACGGACCGCGAGGACCACGUCAUCAUCUCCGACUCGCACUACUGCCCCCUGGGGGUGGAGCUGACUGAGGAGGGGGAGGAGCCACGGCCCAGGGGGGCGUCGCCCGCACGGAGCCUCAGGACCUCCCCCUCCAAGCCCCGGCUCCCCGAGGGCCGCGCCGCCGAGACGCCGCUGGGCGUCGCCGCCCCGGCCGGUGGAGGCGUGGCCCCGCCCCCUGUGGUGGCCCCUCCCCCCGCUGGGGCUGACCCAGCCCCUGGCGUCGAGGAUGGGGCCGCCUCCCCCUAUCCCCACGAGGACGCCGUCCGGGAGUACCUGAGGAGGCUGUCAGACCACGCCCUUAUCGAGCCCUUAGGACACGCCAACAUGGAGCCGUCAGACCAUGCCCUUAUCGAGCCAUUAGGCCACGCGCACAUGGAGCUGUCGGGCGACGCCCAGUUAGAGCCGCUAAGCCACGCCCACAUUGAGAAUCCAGACCACGCCCAGACGCAGCAGACGGCCACUGCAGAGCUCUCAUCAGAACCGGCCCCGCCCGGCCACGGCUCCCCCCUCCCGGCCCCGCCCCCCGGCCCCGCCCACCACCCCGGCUCCGCCCUCAACAGCCUGGUGACGUCGUGUGCGUCGGCGGUGGGCGAGCGCGUGGCCUCCACCUACGAGGCGCUCUCCCUGAAGAAGAUGAUGCACUACUACCUGUCCUCCUCCGGGGGGCCCACGGGCUGCGGGGCCCCUGGCUGCGGGGGGGGGGCGGCCCUGGAAGAGUCGAUGCAGGCCAGGAAGAGCUCCAGCACUGGGGACAUCCGGGCGGAGGAGGCGGAGGGCCGGCGCCGCCUCUCCCUCCCAGGGCUCCUCUCUCAGGGUAGAUACUCCGUCAGCCUGCUGGCCUCCUACUCCUCCUCUCAUGCCUGGCUCUUCUCCCCCCGCCUGCUGAGGAAGUUGGGGCGGCCCCGGGGCCCAGCGGUGGCCCUCACCCAACUGGGCGGCUGCAUCCCUGGGAGCCAAGAGCUGCUGCCCCCCCUGCAGACCGAGGUGUGGAGCUGGGGCCACGGGGGGCGGGGCCAGCUGGGCCACGGAGACCACCUGGCCAGGCUCCAGCCGCUGUGCAUCAAGAGUCUGAACAACAAGGAGGUGGUCCGCGUGGCGGCGGGGGACCACCACUCCCUGGCCCUCACCGCCGGCUCACAGGUGUUCUCCUGGGGCAGUAACAGUUCAGGUCAGCUGGGCCACAUGGAGUCUCCCACCACCGUCCCCCGCCUGGCAAAGUUCUCAGAGGGGAUCCGGGUGUGGGAUGUGGCAGCGGGGGGGAGCCACAGCGUGUUCGUGGCCGACGGGGACUGUGUCCAGCCCAUCCUCUACUACAGCGGAAGGCAGGAGCAGGGGGAGGAGGGGGAGGAGGAGGGGGAGGAGGGGGAGGAGAAGGCCGGUGUGUACACCCAGCAACCCGUCCUGCUCCCCUUCUGCAUGAACCUGGGCUACACCAGCAGUGUGUGUGCGGGCGGCGGUCGCUGCCUGUCCCUCUCUGACCGUAACGUGAUGGGCUUCAUCGCCGGCCUCCACGAGGUGGCAUCCGUCGAGAGGAGGUUCUACUGCCGGCUGACUGCCAUCAAGACCGGGGCGCUGCGCCCUCUGCUGGAGGCCGAGUCCCUGAGCCCCACUCUGGGGGCGGUCCUGCUGGGGCUGCUCCAGACCCUGGUGGGGGGGUUCAGCCUGCUCUACACCCUGACGGGGCAGCACUCCGCCAGCCUGACCUCCGCCCUGCGGCGGGGCCGCGACCUCCAGGCUCUGCUCCUCCUCAACCACGCCCACAUCUUCCUGGACGCCUACCGGCAGUACUGUACCUACCUGGGUAACUUCCAUGUGAUGGGGGGCUUCCAGGCUUUGAGCAAACCCGCCCUGGAGGUGUUCGGUAAGACCUUGGAUCCCCUGCUGCGGCUGUCUGAGAGCCCAGAGGAGGGUCCGGCCUCCGACCACCUGAUGGCGCUGUUCGCCCUGCCUCUGGGACACCUGGGGGAGUACGGCCGCCUGCUGCUCAAGCUGGCCACCUGCUACGAAGUGUCCUCCAGUGAGUACCAGCGGCUCCACUCUGCCUGCUCUCAGUUUGAGGCUCUGACUCUUCAUCUGAAGAAGAGGAGGAAGGAGGCAGAGUACACUCACCACUUCUGGAAGAGCUUCCCCGGCAAGAUGACGGACUCCCUGCGGCGGCCUGGGCGUCGUCUGGUGUGUGAGAGCAGUAACAAGGCCCUCAGUCUGCUGAACGCCAGCCGCUUCUCCGUCAACUGGUUCAUCCUGUUCAGCGACGCUCUGGUGCACGCUCAGGGCGUGGCGCCUUCCAAAAACAUCUUCUCCACCCAUCACGUUUUCCCGUUGGCCACUCUGUGGGUGGAGCCUAUUUCGGAGGAGAACUCUGAACAGUACGGUCUGAAGGUGAUCUCCCCGGAGGAGACCUUCACUCUGCUCGCCUGCUCCCCCAUCGAGAAGGCCAAGUGGCUGCGUGCCAUCAACCAGACGGUGGAUCUGGCGCUGGGGGGGGCGGGGCCUGACCCCGUCACUCUCAGCCCGGGGGCGGGGCAGAAGGCGGAGCCUCCCAUCUCGAGGACGGCCUCCUACACCUUCCACAAGGACGCCCGUCUGAGGGAGGCCACGUACGAGGGCCGCUGGUUGGCAGGCCGGCCCCACGGCAGGGGGGUCCUGAAGUGGCCAGACGGACGGAUCUACACAGGCUCCUUCAAGAUGGGUCUGGAGGACGGCUAUGGUGAGUUUGUGUCCCCCACUAAGAAUGCUGGCAUUCAGGAGCAGUACCUGGGCCACUGGAAGGAGGGGCGCAUGCACGGCGCUGGGACCUACAGGUACUCCAGCGGGGAGGUGUACGAGGGCUCGUUCCGGGACGGCGUUCGCCACGGCCACGGCAUGCUGCGGAGCGGCCGGCUCACCUCCUCCUCCUCCUCCCCCCCCCCGCCCGGCGGCAGGCCCUCCCCCUCCUCCUCCUCCUCCUCCCCCCCGCCCUCCGUCUUCAUCGGCCGCUGGGUCGCCGACCGCAAGGCCGGCUACGGCGUCUACGACGACAUCACCAGGGGGGAGAAGUACAUGGGGGUGUAUCAGGAGAACCAGCGUCAGGGCUCCGGGGUCAUCGUCACCCAGUUUGGCCUCUACUACGAGGGGACCUUCAAGGACAACAAGAUGGGGGGUACGGGGGUGCUGGUAGCAGAAGACGACACGACCUACGAAGGAGAGUUCUCUGAGGACUGGACGCUCUACGGGAAGGGGGUUCUCACCAUGCCUAACGGGGACUACCUGGAGGGGUCCUUCAGUGGGGAGUGGGGGUCCGGCCUGAAGAUCAGCGGCACCUACCACAAGCCCUUUGACCCCGAGAGGAGACGGCCCCCUCCUCUGGGCCGGCUGUGCGUGUGUGCGGAGGACAAGUGGCCCUCGGUGUUUGAGGAGUGCUGGGCGGCCCUCGGCUGCAUGGCCCCCGGCCAGGGGCCCCCCUCCAGGGCCUGGGAGGGCAUCGCUGUGGCCCUCACCGCCAGCAGGAGACACCUGCAGGACAGCCCAGAGGUCAUGACCCGCAGUAUGAGCCGGACCCUGGAGAGCCUGGAGGUCAUCCCCCAGCACAGUGGGCCAAUCACCAUGGAGCGCUACACCAAGAUCCGCCUCUACCUCAUCAAGGCCUGUGACAGCCCGCUGCACCCCCUGGGCCGGCUGCUGGAGGUGCUGGUGGCCGUCUACAGGAUGACCUACGUGGGCGUGGGGGCCAACCGCCGGCUGCUGCCCCAGGCCGUUAGCGAGAUCAAGUCCUACCUGGACCGCCUCUUCACCAUCGUCAGGUUCCUGUUCCCUGACCUUCCAGAGGAGGGCGGUGUCAUCCCAGAGACUCCCUCCUCCCCCCUCCCCCAGGAGAAGACCUCCUCCCCAGGGUCCGGCCCCCCGGCCCCGCACUCCCCCAGGCCGGUGCGGGUGGUCUCCUCGUCCUCCCUGCUCCUCCCCCUGCUCCUCCCCAGGCUGUACCCUCCUCUCUUCACGCUGUACGCCCUGUGUGGGGAGCAGGAGGAGGACCUCUACUGGGACUGUGUGCUGAGGCUGAACCGCCAGCCAGACCUCGCCCUGCUGGCCUUCCUGGGGGUGCUGCAGAAGUUCUGGCCCAGUUCCAUCCCAGUGUCCUUGCCUCUACUGGGAGAGAACCAGCAGAUCCUGUCCACCACUAAGGACGCCUGCUUCGCCUCCGCUGUGGAAACCCUGCAGCAGAUCAGCACGACCUUCACCCCCUCUGAUAAGCUGAAGGUCAUCCAGCUGACCUUUGAGGAGAUCACACAGGAAGUGCAGUCACUGCUGAGGGCCGACUUCCUGUGGUCCAUGGACGACCUGUUCCCCGUGUUCCUCUACGUGGUGCUGAGGGCCCGCAUUAGGAACCUGGGGUCAGAGGUUCGCCUGAUUGAGGACCUGAUGGACCCCUGUCUCCAACACGGAGAGCACGGCAUCAUGUUCACCACACUGAAGGCAUGUUACUAUCAGAUCCAGCAUGAGAAGAUCACCUAACGCCCCUGAUACACUACGACGACCUCUGACCCCUCCCACCCCCCUCCUGGAGGGGGUCCCUGGAGCCGUGCAGCAUGUGACCGCCGUCAGCCAAUAGGGGAUCAGAAGAGGGGGAGGAGACCGUCUGGGGGAGCGGGGCCAGAGAGGUGGAGCUCCACCUUCGUGACCACACCCACCCCCGCCCACUCACUGACACUAUUAAACUACCAGCACAACCCCCCCGCCCGCUCAGACCAGUUCUGGACCUGAUACUGGACGCACAAACCCUGUGACCCUUGACCCCUGGAGCCCCCACCAAGUCCACCCCCGUGACCUUUGACCCCUAGAGCCCAACCGAGUCAACCCCCGUGACCUUUGACCCCUGGAGCGCCACCAAGUCCACCCCCGUGACCUUUGACCCCUGGGGGGCCCAUCAGGGUCCACCCCUUUGACCCCUUCGGACCCCUCCAAGUCCACCCCUGUGACCUUUCACCCCUGGGGGCCCCCACCAAGUCCACCCCUGUGACCUUUCACCCCUGGGGGCCCACCAAGUCCACCCCUGUGACCUUUCACCCCUGGGGGCCCCCACCAAGUCCAGCCCUGUGACCUUUGACUCCUGGGGGGCCCCACCAAGUCCACCCCUUGACCUUUGAACCCUGCGGGCCCCCACCAAGUCCAACCCGUGACCUUUGACCCCCAUGGGGCCCCCACCAAGGCCCCCCCGACCCUGAGGGUUUCUAUCCACUCGUGAUGUCAGAGGUUCCUCUAUGGAGGAGAACCUCCAGAUGAGCAGAGCAGCAUCCUGUGUGUGGUUUUGUUGGACUUGUUUAAGAUGUAUGUACUGUAUGUUCUGAUUGAUCUCCAGCUAGACUACGUGUUACGUGUGUGCAAACUGUACCAUGGUGUGAAGAACAGUGAUGCAACGGUCACAUUGGAGGAAGAUGUUUCUAACAUGUCUUCUGUAGUGUCUGGUCUAAGACCUUCGGGAUCUCAACCACCAGUCAAACCAUCCUUGGUUCCUCUGUUUCCCAGUACGUCAACGUAGUCUAGACUGGCCUGCUCCUCGACCCACUGGGGUUUCACCAGAGAGGACGCGGUGACGGUCAAUGGAACCAAGUGGUGGUCUGAGGAGGUCUUGUCUGAGGAGGUCUUCAGCCCACCUGGAGAUAGAUGGACAAAGUGAGGAUGGUGAACACAAACCAAGUUACCAGACCGAGUGAGCAUUAGGAGGAACGUGGGAGAAGGUUUACAUUCUCAGUAUGCAUCCUUCAGGUCGUUCGUCUUGUUGGAAACUGACACCGGCGUUAUAACGACAUACGACAGAAUUACUUUUCUAGAAGCUCGCCUCAAAUACACGAGAACCUCACGAUGAGUUUGAGUUAAGUGUUCAUUAACGAUGAUUAACCGUAGCUCCCUGAGAACCCAAGGUUUCUAAGCGAGGGUUCUCCUCCUACGAUGACCUCAGCAAGGGGGGAGGUUCCACUUCAGAACGUCUAGCUCCUUGUGAUCCAAGGAGUAGUUCCUGAGUGUUACUCCACUCCUCUGUGAGGACGUCAGUGUAGGACAACCACAAGUCAUCACAGACCUGGUUAUGGUCUGCCCCUCUGAACCAGGGAGACAUGAGGCAGACUGCCCUAGUUAGGUCUACGACCAGAACGCUGUAGUAAGGAUAAGUCUACUACCAGAACGCUGUAGUUAGGAUAAGUCUACUACCAGAACGCUGUAGUUAAUUUAAGACCUCAACUGACUGUUAUGAGCAUUGAUGUCAUGCAACGACGUCUGUAAAAAGGGUUGAAAUAACGACGUGGUUGAUUUGGAAUUAAAUCGCAGCACAGGACUGACCUAAUUGGACUGAAGUAAUUGGUUAAUUGACCGCUAAUUGCGUGGUGACUGCACGUGACACUCUGUGAACCAAUUGAAAAGAAGAAGCUGUAAUUAUAUACAAUUUAUUCACUGUUCGGUUUUAUUUUUUCACACAUCGUUUAUUAAGUUAUAUAAGUGCACCGACUAAUUAUCGAUAAUGACGUUUCAUUUUAAUUAAAAAUAUUCAUUUGUUGGAAGGCUCUCAGAAACGGUUGAGUAUGAACAUUUUUCAGUGUCUACAUGCAAUAAAGUCAUUUCGUUUGGGACAUUGAACUCGUGUUUUAUA